CCCCAGAACUGAGGGAGAACAGUCCUGCUGUUGGUAGAGUAUUAAUUGGAAGGAUGUUGGCUACCAAGCUGUCCCGGCCUCUCCAAAACUUUGCUGUGAAAACCCUGAAUUUCAAGGACCCAGGAAAGGGAGCCAGGCCACUGCAAAGAUUUCGUGUCCCGCUCUUGUCCCCCUGUGGCAGCCGCAGUUAUGCAAGUGAAGUUGAUCAGAUUGGCAGCAGAGCUGUGCUUAUAACAGGCUGUGACUCAGGGUUUGGAUUUGACUUGGCCAAGCACCUGCAUGCCAAAGGUUUAAUUGUUUACGCUGGCUGCCUGCAAAAGGACAAGGGAGAAGGUGGCUCCAAGGAAUUGGACAACAUGAAGAGCGAUCGAAUGAGGACUGUACAGCUCAAUGUCUGUGACAGCAAAGAAAUGGACCGAGCAGUGGAGCACGUGAAUAACAGCCUGGAGGACCCAGAGAAGGGGCUCUGGGGGCUGGUCAACAAUGCUGGGAUCUCCACAUUUGGGGAAGUCGAGUUCACCAGCAUGGACACCUACAUGGAGGUAGCUGAAGUGAACCUGUGGGGGACUGUCAGAACCACCAAGGCUUUUCUCCCACUCAUCAGGAGGUCAAAGGGUCGUGUGGUGAACAUCAGCAGCAUGAUGGGUCGGAUGGGCAGUCCUGCCCGCUCGCCCUACUGCAUCACCAAGUUUGGCGUGGAAGCCUUCUCCGACUGCCUGCGGUACGAGAUGCAGCCCCAGGGGGUGAUGGUCAGCAUCGUGGAGCCCGGCAACUUCAUAGCCGGCACCAACCUGUACAGCCCCGAGCGCAUCAAAGCCAUAGCUGACAAGAUGUGGGACGAGCUGCCCGAGAUCGUGCGUAAGGACUAUGGCAGGAAGUACUUUGACGAGCAGGUGAGCAAGAUGGAGUCCUACUGCAACAGCGGCUCCAGCGACAUCUCGCCCGUCAUCGAGAGCGUCACCCACGCCCUCGUCUCCACCACGCCCUACACCCGCUACCACCCCAUGGAUUACUACUGGUGGCUGCGCAUGCAGAUCAUGACCCACAUGCCUGCUGCCAUUUCAGACCGGCUCUAUGUCUAUUGAGGCCUCGCACUCCCACGCCUCCCAGGUGGGAAAUCGGUUUUAUAGAGAGCAUUGUACACACUUCCCCUCAGUCAUUCAAAAUCUUUCUAACCUCAUCUCAGAGUACUGUAUUUUAGCUCUAAAGGGUUGAUUUCAACGUCUGACAUAACCUAAAGGGCAGUCUUUUCCAAGGGAUGCUUCAUAGGCAGGAAUAUACGUGCAGGGACAUUCAUUCUUUGCUAUUUAUUUCACAUAAUCCUUUGUUUUUCACCUCAAAUACCAAGUUAUAAUUGUUACUUAAACUGCAGUUGCUCUGAAGUGUUUUCAGAAUCGUUUCUGCUGAUGGCCAAACACAGUCUUCAUAAUUCCUGCCUAGGAUGCACCCUUCACACCAUAGAGCAGAGGCCCUCCGUGCUGUAACCACUGCAUCCUGAUGACAGAGAGCAUCCAACAGACUUCCAGGCCUGGUCACAGUAGCCCAAGACAGAGCAGAGACUACUUUGAUUUGGGGAUCAGAACUCAAAGUGGUCAAGGUGCUGAAACUGAGCACCUGAUCCCUGUCUCUUUCUCUCUUAGAAUGAUACUGAUGAAAUCCUAGAGAAAAGGAACCAAUCUGCUUUUAUUGGUGUGCUUUCUUGCAAAGCAGCUCAAAAAUCCAGUGACUCAAUCCUACAGACUUUUCCCACAGGAGUUUCCUACUCACAUGAGCAUUCCCAUGAGUGUGAGCAGCUUUACACACAGGACUACAGGAAUCAGGACUGGCCUGCAGCAACAUUUCUCUUCAACAGUAAUUGAACAUCAACUCAAGACUUAAUCUGGAGAACUCCUGCGCCUGUGGUUGGUGAGGAUCCCCACUGAGCAGAGGGAAGCAGAGAGGGAUACAGGUACAUGUGAACGCUGUUCCCAUCAGGAACCUCAGAGGUACACUGAGGUAUUUGUACAGCACCUUGCACAGAAGAGCCUGAAACCUGACUAGGGCCUCUAGGAGGUGAGGGUAACAAUCAUAACUUCACUGAAGGAGUCACUGAGCUGAAAUACAUCUAACAUGCUAUAAACUUAACAGAACGUCCAUAACAAUAACUUUAAGAGCAGUUUCAUUUCUGUGAUGGUUGUUUACAUGUCUGAGAAAUGUUUGGUUUGUACCUUAAGAAAAGAAAAGAAACAAAACAACAAAACCAGAAGAUCUUUUCAUGAGAAAAUGUGGAAAGGGUUAAUUUUAUUUUUUUUUAAAGCUCAAAAGGCAGAACUAAACAAGUGAUUAAAAUACCAGCGUUGGCAAAGUUAAAGAGGAGGGAUCUCAUGUGUUCUGGUAACAUACUGUGAUGUGAUCAAACCCAUUCAGCUUAAUAAAUGUAUA